AUUAAAAACAUAAAUUUUAUUAUUCUUACGAAGAAGUUAAAAUAUCUUUGGAAUAUAAAGUCGAUUUGUCUACCCUGCGAUGACGAAUCUGAAGAUUUUCAACCCAUUCAAUUUAAUGUACCCGCGUCAUAUAAUAAAAAAGUCCAAAUUCAUAAUUGGCAAAUGAAUACGUUGGCAGAACCAAAAGAUAAUAAGGAUAUUUUUCCGCCAAAAGGAAAUCUUCGAAAUUCAACUUACAGACGAUUAGGCUCACUAAACGAACCUAUAGGUGUAUCUGAAACUCGUGCUAUGUUAUCUCAAAUAAAUUUCAAAGAUUUAUACAAAUCGAUGCAGCCACAUAGAAGUUAUCUUAAGAUGCUAUCUCUUGCAAGGACCAAGGAAGAAUAUGAGAAAGAUUUUAAAUUAGAGGAUAUAAUCUAUAAUCCUGAAGAUAUGCGCUGCAUAGAUUAUCGAACCACAACAGAAAUUGAAUAUCGAGCACCAUAUCCAAUUAAAUCUAGACCAUUGCCUCAAACAUCUCCUCCAGAACCAUGGCUACUUAAUCGACGAACUAUCAGUCAUACUCUCGAAGAUCUAGAGAAGCACGAUGCUAUCAUUACAUUCCUAGAUGACAAUAUGGAACUUCGUAAUUGCAUAGCUGGUCCAAACAAGCAACGAAAGAAAAUGAGAGAUAUUAUUUAGAGCUCGGAGAAUUCGAUCGACUCUUUAAAUGGAUACCAUUUGUAUUGAAUUGUCAAAAAUCAUGAUAUUAGAAAAUAUCAAGAUGUUGCAUGUCAUUAGUAAAUAAAUAAAAAUUCAUAGUAUUAUGGUAUAUAAAAUGAAAAAAUUAAAAUGAAUGUUUGUGUUUAUUUAUAAAUAAAAACAAAAGUUU